AUGGCUUCUCCGCCUCGUCGAGGCCCUCCUCGCGCGUCUUCUCCCUCGCCGCCGUCCAAGCCUCUGCCUCUGGAGGCCGAGAUCACCGUCGUAUCCGCCAAGCACCUGAAGAACGUCAACUGGCGCCGCGGCGACCUCAAGCCCUGCGCCGUCCUCUACCUCGAUCCUGACCGCCGCGUCAACACCAAGGCCGACGACGCCGGCUCCACCCGUCCCGUGUGGAACGAGCGCUUCGCCCUCCCCGUACCUCAUGCCGGUGACGUCGUCCUCACUCUCGAGAUCUUCCACUCCAAGCCCUCAGAGACCUCGAAGCCCCUCGUAGGCACCGUCCGCGCUCCGCUUUGGGAAUUGGCCGAGCAUUUCCCGGACGGCAGCGGCAGCGGCAGCGGAUCAGGGCCCGUCCCCAUCAGAACGCUCGAGCUCCGCCGCCCAUCAGGCCGACCCCAGGGCAAGGUACGGAUAAAGGUCGUCAUUCGGGAGGUUUCUCCGCCGGAGCCACCUGCGCCGCCGGAAUACCACGUCCCACCCUCCUCCAGCUUCUACUACUCCAGUGCCCCGCCUCCGCCCCCCCACAUGCCCCCUCCGCCGUCCGUCCACGAUUAUCGUGGCUAUGCACCGUCACCUUCCCCUCCCUACGUUCAUAACCAGCCCCCGCCAUCGCCUCCCCAGUACACGCGCGGCAGCUACUCCGAUCCGUACUCGGGAUACUACUCUGGCGGGUACUACUCAGCCCCGCCGCCGCCCGCUCGGCCUUAUUACGACGGGGCGUCUGUGUAUGGAGCACCUGGUGGUCCCUCAGCCCCCGUGGAUUACACGUCGGGAUCUUCUUACGACCAGAAAGCGAGGGAUCCUAGCAAGAUGGGAUCGGGAUCUGGGCCAGCAGUGGGAGCAGUUUCUGGGACCUUUGGAGGUCUGACGCUGCGAGAAGGAUUGAAGUACAAGGAAGAGAAACUCCCGGAGAGGACGGAGGGCGACCGGAUGGGGAGGGGUGAUUACAGUGACCAUCGUGAAGAUUACUGA